AUGAAAAACGGUAGCAUUGUGAAGGAUUCCCAUGCCCCGAUAUGGAUGCAGACGGUCGAGGUAUAUUGGGUGCACAACCCAGAGGUUGUGGAGUACGGGGAGACGGUCCUUGCUAUUAAGAAAGCUAAGAGCCGAAAGACGGCCGUGCCGGGGUCAAAAUUCCUAUUACUUUGGGAUCCCCGAGUGUUUGCUACUGUAGCACAGCUUCGGGACAACAUCCGCAGAUCAUUGAACUGCCAGGCACUCGGCCUGGAUUUGCAGAGCGUUUGCGUCAUGUACCAUUGUGAAGAUGGCAAUUGUGACGAACAGACUGAUGGGUUCGUCCAAGCUUGUGCAACAUUGCGUGGUGUAUUCGAAGGUUCUGGCAAUUCGAACUUCGUUUUGGAGGUUCGUACGGACCCCUUCGAUACGGAGGAUCCAAUGUACUCCCUCUACAAGGAUGACAGCGACCCGAUUGACCCGGUCACCUACCUUGAAAUUUAUACGUAA